AUGCCGGCAGUUGAACGAGCUCUGACAAAUGCCUUUGAUGAGGAGGGUGUGGCAAUCUUACUCGGUAGACUAGAUUUUGGAGGAGGUGAUGUGGGAGAUACCACCAUCCUCCUCCUCCACAUUGGUGUUGUCUCACCUGUGUUUAAUAGCAGCACACCUUCUCAAGGGAGAGCUCCCUUCUCUUUGGCCAAGGCCAGCCCCAGCACUACCUUCCAAGCAUCCUAUGACUGGAUGAUGUCUGUUGACCAGACUCCCACUCCUUUGUCCCAAGGCAGGGCAAGGGCACCUUCUCAGGCUAAGACAGCUCCAGAUGCCUUGUUGUUGCCUCCCUCAGUGCCUCAUCCAGGGCCGAGCCACAGGUCCACUGUUCCAAGUGCAUAUACCCAGGUUUCUCAACCUGGGACAGAGUUCACACCAGCAGAUUCGUCAGUCAUCUACUUGGGUUUGGCCAGGAGAAUGCUGCACCCUUCUCAUACCCACUCUUCCCUGGCUCACUCUAUCUCACAAGUCAUCUCAAGGCACUCUUUGUUGGCUAUCCUAGCUGCACAAGUAGCUCAGAGUCAGUUUGCAUGGGAUGUCACAGGUGCUCUGAAUGCGAGUAGCCAGGGCAGUUGCCACAGGUUGAUGGGACCCAUCAUGCCUUCCACCAGAGACCAGCAUUGGCUUUCUCCAGUUGGCUCAGUGGGUGAACAGCCUAGCUAUGAGGACCUCCUUCAAGAGGUUCAUGCUCUUCAUGCUGGGAGGCUCCCUUCUCCUAUGCCCCGCAGAGAUCAGGGCACCAUGACAACCACCCUCUUUGCCGGCAAUGCAGAGAACACCCAAGGGACAGUCACGCCGAAUAUCUCUGAGUAUGACCCCACAGCUAUCAACCUCCCAUUUGAAGUCAGACACAACCUUCGCAAUGGUAUGCCUCACUUUCUCCAGCUCAUGUUCUUCUCCCUCAAGGCAUGCAAAGAAGAAGCAGCGAAACCUCUUGGGUGUCAUAAUAGACAGCAGUGUUACAUGGGUGCAGGAGGGACACUCAAAUUCUCAGUCACCCCUCACAAGGCUCCACCGGAAGACACAAUCAAGACCUUGGAGAGCUGA